AUGUCUUCUGUACGCGACCGCCUCACUAUUGUCACUCCAGACAUUGAGAAGAUCAUGAAGAUCGGAGGUGCCGCUGGGCUUGCUCUUGGAGUACUUCACAAAGGGGAGCCAGUAUACCAAGCCAACUUCGGGUUUCGAGACAUCGAGAAGAAGCUGCCACCGGAUGCAGAUACCAUCUUCGCGUGUUGUUCUUUGAUGAAAGCUCUCACAUCCGCUACCAUCGGUCUACUUGUAGAAGAAAACAAGGUCCAGUGGGAUGCAUUGGUGAUGGAUGUGUUGCCGGAGUUUCGCACGAAAGAAGACGUGCUGCAUACCCAGACAACUGUCGCCGAUCUGCUCUCUCAUCGUACGGGCAUGGCAUGGGCCGACAACCUCUACAUAAGUACAAACAACAAUGUCUUGAUCUCAGCAGAAGACAGCCUCAAGUAUCUCAGUCACCAAGAGGCAUUACUUCCAUUUCGCGGCCAAUUCAGCUAUAACAACCUGGGCUAUGAAAUCGCUGGCCACAUCAUAUCGAAAUUGACAGGCUCUUACUGGUCUGACUUGCUGCAUUCCGAGAUCUUGGACCCAUUGGGCUUGAAGCGUACUUUGACAAAGCCACCUGCCGCGGGAGUCGACAACGUAGCUGUCGCUCAUACGUUCUUGGACGAUGGAACGCCAUAUCCCAUCGGACCUGUUCAGGCUGGGAAGGAUCUUUUCGGAGGCCCGAGUGGGGGAUUACGAAGCUCUGUCAAUGACCUUCUCAAGUUAUACAGAUCGUUCUUAGUGGCGUUCAAUGACCAGUUCAAAACCGGGAAUACAGCAACUGAGGGCUCGCCGUUGAAGCAAGUCCGACACCUAAUGUCGGCCAAAGUCCCAGUAAACCCGCCGACGAGGACGGAAACCUCGUAUGGAUACGGCUGGGCUCGGGUCCAACUUCCCGCAACAAAGGGCGACAUAGGCUGCAACCCGCCGCUCAUGCUAGAUGGUAUGCCUGUUGUUGGCAAAGGAAUCCCCUCCCAGCUUGUGCUCUACCAUCAGGGCAGUCUUCCAGGCGCUUUAACAGCUGUAAUGCUAGUUCCAGAAACCGAAACAGCGAUCGUCGUCCUCACAAACUCACUCGCUCUUAACGACGUUCCUGAUUGGGUUGGACAACUUGUCCUGGAAGCCAUACUAGAUGUACCAAAGGAUCAGCGUAACGACUACGUCAAAGCCACAGAGACGAGCCGAGCAACCACGGAGAAGUGGUACGCAACUACCACUGAAGAACUAUUCAGAGAGAAAAAGAACGACACUUCGCCUAGAGAUCUAAAAGAGUAUGUUGGAACCUAUUGGGAUCCUGCGCAUGUCUUCAAGAUCGUCGUCACGGAAGACAGCGGUAAACUGUACUGGGCGUUUCAAGGUCUGGACUCGGAGAGAUUUAUCUUGAAUCAUUAUGAAGAUGAUGUUUUCACCUGGAUCCAGACUCGGAAUGAGUUGGUGAAGCGAGGACGCUGGGUGGGCCAGGGUCCAGAUUUUUGGAAAGCAGAAUUUAGGGCUGACAAGGAUGGUUACAUCAAGAAGUUGUUCUGGGUGCAUGGCAUUGGCGUGUCAGCUGUCGAACAUACGAAAGAUUGAUUCCUGGUUGACUACAGUAUCGUGGAAAAUGAUUCGCUUCAACGGUCUCAUCUCUCUUACACGACAUUUGCGCUUCUAUAACAAUUCCCGC